AGUGAUAAUGGCUGAUGAGAAAAAGGCAACAGGAGCGGCCAAGAAGGGCGCGAAAAAAAUCAUCAAAAAGACGCCGCCCAAGAGCGGCAAGAAGAGGAAGAGGUCCAGGAAGGAGAGUUACUCCAUCUACAUCUACAAGGUGAUGAAGCAGGUCCACCCGGACACCGGCAUCUCCUCCAAGGCCAUGAGCAUUAUGAACUCGUUCGUCAACGACAUCUUCGAGCGCAUCGCCGGCGAGGCUUCCCGCCUGGCCCACUACAACAAGCGCAGCACCAUCAGCUCCCGGGAGAUCCAGACCGCCGUGCGCCUGCUGCUGCCCGGGGAACUGGCCAAGCACGCCGUGUCGGAGGGCACCAAGGCGGUGACAAAGUACACCAGUUCCAAGUAGAAACACGGACAAUGCACUGAGAAAUAAGUAAUGAACCCAACGGCUCUUUUAAGAGCCACUCACGCCAUCUCUGAACAAGCUAUGCCUUCAUACACCAAGUGUGCUGUGGAUAUCAGAUAUCUUAAUUGUUACAAUCUGCUCCAAUCAGCAGUUAAGGGUAUUAUAAUUUUAUAGUGUGAUCUUAGCGUCUAGUUAAUAACUGCCUUAAUUCCUGUCCACUGAUCUCUUGCGUGCCUUGCCUCGCAAGAGAUUCUCCACCCCUUCAUGUGCUGUAAGAGCGUCACCUUUCAGCUCUAGUUUCACCUGGAUCAGGUUAUCUGCAAGUCCCGUCGGCUUGGGUCCCUCAAUCCCUAAAUGUUCGCCGAUUGACCUAUAAAGUCGCCACCUUGCAUUCGGCUCCAUCGAUCUGUUGUUGUUGCCUGUGAUCUGAAGCAACAUGUAACCUGGAAUCCCCGUUGUUCUGAUUCCAAAUUAGUCGUUCGGUGGUACAGGGCUGGAAUCUCGCUUAGAAAAAAGGACAGAUUAGACAUCUCUACCUUUUUUAUUCCAGCAAUACUCAGUUUUUUUAAAAAAAAACCUUGGAAAAGAGAUUGCAGAAAAAAAAAGAUUCGUGGCCAUGGCGUUGUUUAUGUAUUUAGUUUGGAACCUUUGGGACUGUUCUCCUUGGGGAAGCGCAGGCUGAGUGGAGAUUUGAAAGAGGAUUUCGAAGUCACCAGGGAGAAUACUGUUCCCGAAACGCGAGAGACCGCAUUUUUUUAAAUAGUCGGCCGAUUUAACUAUGGCGACACGACGGAACGAGCUGCGAGUGGCUGUGAUCUGCAAAGCGCUGACUGAGAGUGCGGGUCACGCAAAGCA